UGCUGGUGACCUGAUAUUUGAAGUCUACUUAGAAAAAAAGCAGCCAGAGAAGUGCUGUUUAAUCAAGGUGUCUCCUAACAUGAGGUCGGACGAGCUUGCUGUCAGCACUCUGGAGAUGAAGGGGAUGGAGGUCAAAGCUCAAGAUCUCUGGACCACUUUUGAGGUCAUUGAGAAUGGAGAGAUGGAGCGGCCCUUACACUACAAAGAGAAGAUUCUGGAGCAGGUAUUGGAGUGGAGCUCUCUGGAGGAUCCCAGCUCGGCCUUCCUGCUCAUUAAGAAAUAUUCUGGUUCUAAAAUGACAGAUUCCAACUCAGAUAAACUGAAAGAUUUCAUUAAAGGAGAGCAACUCAAAUUUAAAGACGGUUCUUCCAAACUGCUGUUGGGGAAUAAGUUUCAGGACCGCUACCUGGUACUACAAGACAAAAAACUGCUGUUAUACAAAGAUAUAAAAAGUACCAAACCAGAAAGAGAGGCUCCAUUAAAGUCUGUUAAAUGUUACUUAGGGCUGCGAAGGAAGUUGAAGCCAACAAGCAGUUGGGGAUUUACUGUUUAUACUGAAAAGCAGCAGUGGUAUUUCUGCUGUAAAGGGAAUGAUUCUCAGCAGGACUGGGUCACCUCCAUUAUCAGAGUGAAGCAUGACGGUGACUUAUGGCCUAGGGACCUAAAGCAGAGCGCUUCGUUACCUUAUAACCUGAGCAGAGGAAGAACAUCCACUUACAGCACUGCAAAGACCAGCACAGCCAAACACCAGAGAGAGGCUAAAGGGAAGUCAGUCGUCAGUACAGGUUCAAAUAGACAAAACCAAAUGACCACAGAUGAGUUCAUCCAACAGGACUCGAUGCAUAAAUUGGCUAGCGGUGAAGGAACUCUGUGUGUCUCCGGGCUUGAAAUGGUGAUUGAUGAGACACUCCAGUCUUCCCGUAGACUAUCAAUUCAACAAGACCCCAGCACUCUCACCCAGCUAUCACAAAAGAAAGCUGUGAUGCCCAGCAGAAGUGUGCAGUUGCCACAAAACCUCAUUAAUGAACUAAAUACUGUUCUCAGCAAAACAGGACACUCUCCGAAAGAAGGCAAUUAAGAGUGACAGAGACAGAAAGACAAGAGUCUUGUCUGUUGCAGUUCCAUUGUGCAUGAGGGGAAAAAAAGACCCACAAAAAUCAACCCACAAAGCACUGUUGCCUCUCAGUAAAGAAGUCAGACAUACUGCAAUUUUGAUAGAGUGUUUAACAUAGAGGGACGUGGAGAGUUCGUACACUCUUAAGAAAAAUGGU